AUGAACGGCAGCGUCGGAUCCAUCGUAUGGGUUCGCCGGCGAAACGGGUCGUGGUGGCCGGGUCAAAUACUUGGCACCGAUGAUCUGUCCACUUCUCAUCUCACUUCUCCUCGUUCAGGAACUCCGGUGAAGCUUCUCGGCAGAGAAGAUGCUAGCGUAGAUUGGUACAAUUUGGAGAAAUCCAAACGUGUCAAGGCAUUCCGAUGCGGGGAGUUUGAUGAUUGUAUUGAAAAAGUUGAAUCCUCCCAUGAGAUGCCUUUGAAAAAAAGAGAAAAGUAUGCCCGCCGUGAAGAUGCCAUUCUUCAUGCUCUUGAACUUGAGAGGCAGUUGGUGAAAAAGCAGGCAAAAGUAGCCAUUGCAUCUGAUCGAACCAAUUGUAAAUCAUCUAGUUCUGUUAAAAGGGGUAUGGCAGUGUUGCCCGGGGAAGUCAAUGGAAAUGGUACUGAAAAACAUUUAAAUUUGAUAUCAUACGUGCCUUGUGAAAAUGAAGUCGCUGGAGAUCGUUUUCCUUUAGAGGUAGAGGUAGCCAGGGAUAUGGAAGUAGAUCUCUGCGAUGUGACUUCUCGAACGAGAGGCUUGCAGGGUUUUGGAUCUAAAAUCCCCCCCUUGAAAGGGAGUCUCUCAUCUCCCGUGGAUCCACGUGUUUCUCAGGAUCUUUCAGUCGACAAGGGUGCUCUGGCUCUUGCAAGUGAUGGUAUUUGCACGCGGAGUGCACUCCAGACAAAUGGAGCUAGGCAUAUUUCACACCGAGAAAAGAGGAGCAAGAAUUUUUGUUGUCCAGCCGAGUCUAGUGAUUCUCUCGAUUACAUAGAGAGACCAGACCUUGCUGAGAUGCCAUCUCCAAAACAUGGAGGGGAGUUUCCUUAUCGCAGUUCUUUGGUUGGAGAGACUGAGUCAACUUUUAUGGAUGUUGAAUUUGGCUCUUCAGAAACAGACUCUACUGUUUCUGAUUCAGUUUCUUCUGAGACAGAACCAGACAUGGAUGCAAAAAUGACUAUGUUUACAGAAACUGGCCGGGAUUUUGAAGAACAUGAAAGCAUUAGCAGUGAGGAGCUUGAUGAAUUAGCAGUCACCAGCGACAUGCCUCACCUCUAUCCUCGUGAACUGACAUCUUGCCAUGAAGACAUGUCUAAAUGGCAACUAAAAGGUAAAAGGAAUAAUCGGAAUCUUGUAAAGAGGUCUUAUGGUCCCCCUGAAGGAAAAGGUAUUAUAUGUGAAGCAGAAGUGGAUUUUGAAGAUGGAAGACCUAAUUUAAGUCACAAAAGAAUGGGUUCAAGUUUGCAUUGUCAAAAAAAUGGUUUUAGCGAUGCACUUUAUGACGAUGGUCAAAUGUUAGGAUCGGAAGAUGAAUACUCUCCCACUCUGAGAGCUGUAUCAAAAGUUCCAAAUAGAACUCAUGAUGGUGCUAAUUGGAAUGACUUGGCCUGGGAUGAACAUCUUGCUUCAAAAGAAUAUUGUAAUACUAAGGGUUCUACUCCAACACACAGUGAUGGCUAUCAUGUCAGUGGGAGGAGGAGGAGGUCGGUGCUGAUUAACGUAGAUGUGAAGGUUCAAGCAGGAUACCGGAAAGAGCCUGUGCCCAUUAUUUCUCUGAUGAGUAAAUUAGACGGGAAGGCAAUAAUAGGGCACCCGAUCCAGGUUGAGGUCCUUAAGGAUGGUUCUUCUGAUAGCCUUUUUUCUGCAAUUGAUGAUUUCAGUAAUGACGGAAUUGGGCUUGAGGAAAGCAGUGUGCUACGACAAGGAUGGAGGACUGCAAGGAGAACCGCAAAUUUCCGUGUUCCUCGCUCACACAUAUUGUCAUCAAAUGGUACUGAAGUUGCUGUUGAGUUUCCCUCCUUUGAUCAAGAACAAAGCUUUGAUUAUAAAAAACUAAAUCCCGGAAGUUCUAGUCAUAAGGCAAGCCUCCAAAAGAAGAGUGGCAACAAAAAGUUCUAUAAAAAGGCACCAAAGAAAUCGAGCUUGUCAUCUAACCAGAAAAUUAGAACUCUGUCCUCAUUAUCUAUUGAACAUAGGCUUAGAAAUCCGUUGCAUGAUAUAAGUAGUUAUCAAACAGAUAGAUUAAUUAAACCAGAAAUCUCUGGGCCGACCACAGUCGCUUGCAUACCUGUCCAGUUAGUAUUUAGUAGAUUACUUGAGAAGAUAAAUAGGCCUCCAUUGAAAGCAGCUUUGCUGAAUACUGGUAUGGAGAGAAAUUCAUAG